UUUUAAUUGGAAACGCAACAUGUCGCGAUUUGCUUGAUUAGAUUAGGAAAAGUCUUCGUAUGUUUCUUUCGUUUUAAUGGUAUAAUUAGUGAAUUUUAAGCAGUUCGUAACAGUUCUUAAGUACAUAUUUUAUCUCGUAGUGUGUCAGCAAUGACGCAAAUUUAUCUGAAACACACUGGAUACGUAUUUGAUAGAAAAGUGAACAUAACCCAACGACAAUGAGAUGCCCUAUUUCUGUAACAAAAUACAUCUUUUUUAUUGAGAAUAAGACUGUACAAAAUUACGAUUAAACAGAUAUUAGUAUUUGAGUUGUUUAGUAUUUCGAACAAUAUGGGACUUCUCUUUGCAAAAUUGUGGAGUUUGUUUGGCAAUGAAGAACAUAAAAUAGUUAUGGUAGGUUUAGAUAAUGCUGGUAAAACAACAAUAUUAUACCAGUUCCUAAUGAAUGAAGUUGUUCAUACAUCACCAACCAUUGGAUCUAAUGUUGAAGAAGUAGUUUGGAAGAAUAUUCACUUUAUAAUGUGGGAUUUAGGUGGACAGCAAAGUCUAAGAGCUGCAUGGUCCACAUAUUAUACUAACACCGAGUUUAUAAUUAUGGUUAUAGAUAGUACAGAUAGAGAAAGACUUGGUGUAAUAAGGGAAGAAUUAUAUUCGAUGCUGAAUCAUGAAGAAUUAAGCAAAGCUAAUGUGUUAGUUUAUGCUAAUAAGCAAGAUUUAAAAGGCAGCAUGACAGCUGCUGAAAUUUCUAGGCAACUAGAUUUGACAUCAAUCAAAAAGCAUCAGUGGCAUAUACAAAGCUGUUGUGCGCUUACAGGAGAAGGGCUUUAUCAAGGACUUGAGUGGAUUGUUGGACGUUUAAAAAAGACAUGACGUACAUUAUGAGUAUUCAUUUUGAAUGUAAUAAGAUAUUUAAAAUGUAAAGUAUAUGUUUAAUGUGAGUUACUGUGCCACUCUAACAAUUGUACAAAUGAGACAAGAAUGAAUGAUCAUUUUUCAACUGGUACACUAGCUUCACACAUAACAUAAAGUAUAACUGCAUAUAUUAAUUACAGUUAUUACUUCAAAUACUGAGUGUAUUAUGUGGUGGACGGGUAAAUUUUAUCUUAAUCUAUUAAUGUAAUAUAAAUUAUGGUGGCAAAUGAUUACAACUAAUUUAAAAACGAAAUAAUAUUUUAAUUAAUUAUUUUUUACUUAUGGUAUAUUUAAAGAAUCAUGUUAUAAAGGUAUACAAAAAUUAGAAUAUCAAAAGUCUUUUACAGAGAACGUUGUUAUUUUAAGAGAAAUAUGUAUAAUGAACAUCUUUUAUCUAUAUUUUAGAAAUAUGUUUUAUAAAUAUUUUUUAACAGGACUGCCAAAUUGAAUGUAUUAUCUAUACUUAUAUUUUUAAUUAUUCGUGAUUAUAAGUACUGUGGGUACAAUUCAAUAGUUAUUAAAUUUUAUUUUGACUCAGAAAAAAUUUUAACUCAAAUAUUGCAUGCAUACUUAAAAAAAAUAUAAACGUAAUCGGAAUCCCGUCCACCUAUGUUUAUAUAGAAAACAAAAAGAAUGAAUUAUUUAUUUAUUCUGUUCAGUCAAUGUGCGGAUAAAAAUUGUUUGGCCUGUGCGAUUUUCAAAGCUAUACCUAUGUACAUAGUUUUUUAUACUCCGCAUUAAUAGUAAAUAAUUGUAAAAAGUGAACUCCGAUUUAGCACCAAUUAAACUACAUAUUUUUCAAGUUUCUGUGUGAAAAUAUAAAUAAUUGAUAAUACUCUUAAUACUGCAAAUAUCUUAUAAGACUUAGUGGCAGAGUAAAUCAACUGGUUUAAUUAGAUAUCUAAAGGCAGAAUACUAACUGCUCUGUGAUAUAUAAAUUAAACAUUGAGAAAGUUCUUUGUUGAGAACACUAAAAUUUUGUGUAAGCAUUAUGAAAAACAUCUUUUACAUAUAGAACCUACUUUGACCUAAACACAUUAACUAUUUUAUCACAGAUACUAUGAAUUUUUUAAAAUAUCUUUAAUGUAUAUCCAACUGAUUGGUCGCUGCCUCCAUUCAUUUUAUUUACUUUAUGAUUAUAAUUAACAAUCGUGUAGCUAAAAACAAUAUUAUACUAUUUAAUAAUUAUUAAAACUUAAAACUAUUAAUAACGUAUGAAGAUAAUUAUAGAAAUUGUUAAAACCAUUGUACGAAAGAUAAAUGCCGUCUACUGUCAGAGUGAGAUCAUACAUUUAAAAUUUCAUAAAAAUAAACAGUAGUUUUCUCAUAUUGAGAAACAAAGAAGAUUGUAUUAACUAUGAUACAUUGCUGGAAAUAUGUAAUAUCAUUAUAUACACCCUCGUUAACAAGGUUUCCGUUAAAUAAUCAUUGUCAAAUACAAAAUAGAAGUUAAAGGUUGUUUAAUUCUAUUAUAUUAAAAGUACACGAUAUCAAAUAUAUACUUGUGCACAUUUAAGCGUUAUAUACGGCUUUAAUUAAAUUAGAGUAUUAAGAAAGACUUUUGUUUUUUAAUUGGUUGUUAAUAGUUUGAUUACUUUUCAAUAGUUAAUUCAUAAUUAUUACGUACAAGAAUAUGUACGAAAGGUUCAAAAUUAACGUGAAAUCAAUUGAACUAAACUUUGAUUUGUAAUAAGCAGACAAAAAAAUUGUAUGUUGAAAUUUGUUGAAAACAAACUGUCCCACGUUUUUUAUUUUUAUUUCCGAACACACUAAAUGAAUUGCACAUAGGAAAUUAUGUAUAUAUUAAAGUUAUCUUUUACAUUACAAUAAAUAUACUUUACCGUGUAAUGUUUUCUUCUUUGAUACUAAAAUAAAAAUUAAAUAAACAUAUUUUUUAUUCACUAGAAAUACAAAGGAAGCAAGUCGAUAAAUUAAGUUUUUGAAGAUAUGUUUAUUUUUACGUUCGUUAUAAAUAAAGUAUCGCACACACUCACUCAUUCUCGUAACAGUGGAUCUACCACUGGUCAUUUUUUUAAUUCUUGUGAAUUGUAAUGACUCGAUUUAUUUGAGCCAUUUUUCUGUCGUAUUUGUUGAAUCUAAAACCAAUAACUGGUGCGCUAAUAUUGCAACGUCGUUUACAUAUUUCAUUAGCCCUAUACAUUUUCUAUUUUACAUGGGUUA